UUUAAGCAGCAGCUGUGCCACAGAUACGACAAAUAUAUACUGUAGCCGAGGUCUGCACAAGGAAAGGCGAGUAUACCCGUCACUUAUCAUGAAGACUUGCUGGUUCACCUUGCUCUGGGUCUCUGUGAUGGUUCUCAGCAAUGCUGAAGACUCAUGUCCAGAAGUGAAGAUAGUUGGACUUGGAGACUCUGACAGGUUGUCCAUCCUCAGAGGGUGUCCGGGAAUGCCUGGAUCUCCUGGACCGAAGGGAGACCCUGGAGAAAAAGGAGAAUGUGGUCCUUCAGGAGCCAUCCGGAAGAUGGGACCAACGGGUCCAAAGGGUGAAAAGGGAGAAGCGGCGACGGAAAAAGUAUUUUAUGCUGCCCGCGACUGCAAGGAGCUACGAGAUCAAGGGGAAGUGCUCAGUGACUGGUACACAAUAUACCCAGAUGGCAGCGCCCCCCUCAGGGUGCUGUGUGAUAUGCACACAGAUGGCGGGGGCUGGAUUGUUUUCCAGAGACGUUGGGAUGGUUCGGUGAAUUUCAGCCAAGACUGGAAAUCCUACAAGAAGGGAUUCGGCAGCCGGCUGACAGAGUUCUGGCUGGGGAACGACAAUCUUCACAUGUUAACAUCUGCAGGUACUUGGGAGCUGCGAAUCGAUCUGCAAGAUUUUGAAACGGCCAAAUAUUCGGCCAAAUAUUCAUCCUUCAAAAUCCUUGGAGAAUCCGAGAAGUAUAAGCUGAUACUGGGAACAUAUACUGGUGGGAAUAUGGGCGACUCCUUCAGUUUUCAUAAGAAUGGAUUGUUUACCACCAAAGACCAAGACAACGACAAACAUGGCGGCAACUGCGCCCAGAUAUGUAAGGGAGGGUGGUGGUACGUGGACUGCCAUAACGCCAACCUGAACGGAUGGUACUACCUGGGGCCCCACAAUGACACAGCCUUUGGCAUCAACUGGAGGCUUGGCAAAGGGUUCAACUACUCCUACAAAGUCUCUGAGAUGAAGAUCAGGAUGGUGUAAAGCGGGCGAAGGGCCCAGUGACCACAAGAAGAACCCGGGCAGACGCCAGGCAACACCAGAUGUGGAGCUGAAAAUACUUCCCUAUGAAUUUCCCUUUUGCAUCACUACCAUUUGUAUGUUGGGGGUUAUCCUCUGAAUUUGUAAUCGGUCAGGUGUAGUGCACAUUAUAUCUCUGAUAUGAGGA